AAUAACAACCAAGAUGAAGUUUAUUAUCUUCUUUUCUGUCGCUGCCAUUGGAAUGGUCAGUGCUGCUGGUAUUAUCAAGCAUGACAAGAGCACUACGAGGGCCCGUCGUGAAGAACACCCAUUGGCUUUCCCAGGGUGCAUUAGUGCUUUUGGGGAAAACUACCCUUAUAAGUGUUCCAGUGCAGCGUUGUGUCUCUAUUGCCCUGGCGACAUCGGUGAUGGUGUAUGUCAAGUAUGCAAUGGAAACAGUCAGUGUCCAAAUGGCGAAGACGAAGAGGGGUGUGAAGUCAGUGAUGUUCCUUUCUUGAAUGCCAUAUGCCCAAGCAACUAUCCCUAUAGCUGUGCCACAAUGGGAUCGGCCAAUACUGUCUUGUGCAUCUCAGAAGAGCAGAUUUGUGAUGGGAUAUUCCAAUGUAGCGACGACAGUGACGAGUUUACGUGUGAUUAUUCGGAAGCUUAUGGGGACGCUGGCGGUCAAUGUCAAGUACCAAACCAAUCUAAAAUAGGAACCGGAGGUAUGGCGGUCUUACAGUCUCAGAUGCUUGAAGCGCACAACUACUUCAGAUGUCUUCAUGGUUCUGUUGCUAUGACAACAUCACAGACUGCAAUUGACGAUGCCAUAAUAGCUGCUGCAAACUGCACCGCCGCUGGAACGAUGAUUCAUUCAUAUCCAGGAGAGAAUAUCGCUUCGAUAUCGAGUGAGAUUUCAGAAGCUACAGGUUAUGGUCUGACUAAACUGUGGUAUGAUGAGAUUGCAGACUACAAUUACAAUGACCCUGAUAGCAGCACUGGAAUUAUCGGUCACUUCACUCAAGUAGUGUGGGCAGCAAGUACUAAUCUUGGAUGCGCCUACAACGUGGAUACCGUAAACGAUAGAGUCUACGUCGCAUGCGAAUAUGAACCAUAUGGUAACUACAAUGGCCAGUACACCAGUAAUGUUAACACACCUAUCUAAUAAAAAAAAUCACAUUACUCCACGUGGUAUUCACAUGACGUCACGUGACACUUAUUGAUUUGUGUCACAUGACAUAUUCAUAGCCAAUAAAAGUACAGAGUAAUAUGUA